ACAUUUCCAGUUAAACACCGUUUGGACUGUUUUUAUACCAAGAAUCUGCCCAACAGAGACAGAAAGGAAAAACAAAGACAUCCUCCUUCUCUUUUCCCAGCAGCUUUACGCGCGACAGGAGCAUGAACUUUUCUACAGGAUAACUUGAUCCCCAUCAUUUCUAAUAUCUGCCCCGGAAAUGGCCAAACCUCUAGAUCACAUUAAGAGACCCAUGAAUGCGUUCAUGGUUUGGUCCAGAGGGCAGAGGAGGAAGAUGGCCCGGGAGAACCCCAAGAUGCACAACUCGGAGAUCUCCAAGAGGCUGGGCGCGGAGUGGAAGAGGCUCAGUGACUCCCAGAAGCGGCCGUUCAUCGACGAGGCGAAGCGGCUGCGGGUUCAGCACAUGAAGGAGCAUCCGGACUACAAGUACAGACCCCGGCGCAAAGCCAGAGCGCCGCUCAGCAGGGACCGCUUUGUUUUCCCGUCUUUGCUCGGGGACGCAGCGGUUCCUCUGGACUCUUUCCUGGUGUCCGCAGAUAAAGCCAGAACCCUGCUCGCCUCCUCCUCCUGCUCCUCCUCCUCCCCGUCUCCUUUCUCCCUCUGUGAGCCCUUUAACGCCGGAGUCGCCCAGCGGAUCUCCGAGAUGCCGCCGCCUGUGGCCGCAGGCGCGCUGCCCUACGGAGCGCACGGCUUCGGAUACCAGAGCGCAGCGUUCGGGGGGCUGGCGUGCCCCGGACAGCGCGCGUCCCCGCCCAGCCCAGGGUACGUGGUUCCCUGCAGCUGCAGCGCGUGGUCCGGAGCAUCCCUGCACCCUCAGGUGGCCUACAUCCUCUUCCCAGGAGGGAUCAGCAAUAAAGGCGCAUAAACUCCUCCAAUGAAAACAAAACAGACUGAAGAGAGCAGAUCUGUCAGAAAAGUUCAAACAACUUUUAGAGGAAGAAAAAACAACUGCAGAAAAACUGCUUUACUUUGCAUAAGGAAAAGUAUUUUAAUCCACAAAGAAAUAAUAAUCUGAUCACCUUCAAAUGUUACUUUGGAACAAAGAUAUUUUAAAUGGGGGGAUUCUAUGGAGUAAAAAGGGUUUAAAAUGUUUGUAAACUUAUAAAUCUUAGUUGAAACUGAAAAAAUAAAAGUUGAAACAGAAAAAUAUAAGUUGAUAUUGAAUAUCACAUUUUUUCCCUUAUAACCUGAGAAACUAAAGAAGCCAACAUAAAUUAAUAAUUCUUCUCUGCAGCUUGAAAAAAACUCACAAUUCAGCCCCACUGUGAUUGACAGCUGUCAAUCGCGUUUCCCCGCCCACUCCUGUCAGAUUGGGUCAAAAUCUGAAGGCGAAAAAUCGGAAUUGAAAGUGUAAACAAAAAAAAAGAUAA